AUGGACGGCGGUUACAAUUCCUACGGCGGCGGUGGUGGCGGCGGCUUCGUAUCCGGAGAAACGAACUCUCCAUCUGGCGGAAGGUCUGAAAACAGAGACAAUAAAACCCUCCGUCCUGUGACUGUCAAGCAAAUUGCCGAUGCCACGCAACCCUACCCCGAGGCACCCUUCCAGAUCGAUGGCGCCGAGGUGAACCACGUUCUGUUCGUUGGACAGGUCCGUAACAUCAGCUCGCAGAGUACAAAUAUCACAUACAAGAUCGAUGAUGGCACCGGCGAGAUCGAGGUCAAGAAGUGGGUGGACACGGCGACCCGUGAUAGCAUGGACACCGACGAGAAGGGACCCGGCGAUGGAAAGUCCGAGGUCGUGCUGAAUGGAUACGCUCGCGUCUUCGGCGCUAUCAAAACCUUCUCCAAUAAGCGUUAUGUCGGUGCUCAUAGCGUGCGGCCCCUCUCGAACCUCAACGAGCUGCAUGCCCACCUCCUCGAAUCAACUGCUGUGCACCUGUUCUUCACUCGCGGGCCCCCUGGUGGUGCCGGUCCUGGUAAUGCCGCCGGUGGUGAUGCUGUUAUGGGUGGAGCUGAUGAUUACAGCGGUGCUGGUCCCAAUAAGGCUCUCAUGGGUGUUUCGCCGUUGGCGAAGAAGAUCUACAACCUCCUCAAAUCGGAGACACAGGAUGAUGCAGGUAUGGAGAUGCAGCACAUCGCAUCUCGACUCUCUUUGCCGACUAUGGAUGUGGCGCGGGCUGGAGAGGAGCUUCUGAACGCGGGUAUCAUCUUCACGACCAUGAACGAACACACAUGGGCUAUUCUUGAGUAUUAA